AUGGAUAACAGGGAGAUGGCGCUAGAUACUACGCCGCCAGAAGCUUUUGUGCAGCCCAGGCCACAGCUGGAACCGAAGAAUCAGCUGGCUAACGAUCUUCGUGAGGCUAUCACCAAUCUUUACUCUCAGGCACAGAAGAGCACUACAAGCCAGAAUAACCCAAAGACAACCUUAGAAAAGUUUGAGGCCAGAAAGAAAGCGAUAGAUGAAGCGUACACUGCCAUGAAAGACAUGAGUGCAGACAUUUCCGACAUGCAAGACAGCCUCCACCAGUCCGUGGAACUCGACCCUCUUUUAUCCCUCUCUGGAGACAACUGUCCAUCAAGAAAAGGAUUGCCGAAGGAAGUCACAUUUAGCAAAGAGCGCCCAACAGUCAUUCCGGCCGCCUCCCUUUCAGAAAGUGAUAUAGCCAGGAUAACCCCUAAACAGAUAUAUACACUGCUGCAAUCUAUGAACGGUGCAAACGAGUCUAUAAAUAACCAGGUCAUGGAGGGUUUGGUAAACUUGCGACAAAACAUGGCCAAAGUGGUUGAGGAUAAUAAUAUCUUAAAUAGCGAAUUAAUGAAGUUACACGAAGAAAAUCAACAAAAAUCAGCAAUGCAAGCCUAUCUUGUCUCAUUGCUUGAAAAGCGUGAGCAAGAAAUAGAAAAUCUCAAGGAAGCUAUCAAGCAUUCCGAAGACAUGGAAGGAAAGAAGAAUGAGGAAAUCCGCACAUAUCUGUUGAAGUGCGAUGAAAUCAGGUGCCUGUCUGAGCGAACUCUCCGGGAGCGUGACACAGUCUUAGAUGAACUGAAGGCAAAGAUGUCCAACACGACUGCUGAUUAUAAACUUUUAGAGGCAGAAGCCGACAGGACAAGCCGGGAGCUCAUAGAGUGCAAGGCGCGGCUCCAAACCGCGGAGUCUCAGGUAAUCUCUCUGAACUCAAAGCUAACUGCAUUGGCCAGUACAUCCGAGACUGCAUUACUACGCAAAGAGAGCGAAGUUGAAAAGCUGGAGUUGGAGAUUUCCAAUUUAAAAGAGGUUAUUCAAUCCCUUAACGAGGAGAAGCGCAAUGAGGCGGACAUACAAGCCAUGCAGAGGCAAGAGAUCCAAGAACGUGCAAAUAGCGACAUCCAGCGUAUUGAAAAAGAAAAGCAGGACCUCCUAGCGCAGCUCUCUAACUUCAAUGCGGAGAACACUGCUCUAUUACUAAAAAAAGACGAAGACAUUGGAUCGCUGCGCAGUGAAUAUGAGACCCUUUCAGGAGAGUAUAAGAUUUACAAAGCCACUAUGGAAGCUAGACUCAAGCUGCUUGAAGACAGCCUUGAAAAAGUCAAUGCUAGUGUAGAACGGGUCACUGAAGAAAAAACUACUUUACUUAACACUUUAACUGCAGAGAUGCAAAGUGUAAGAGAAGAGAGCAAAGCCGCGGUUCAAGCCGCUGAAGCGGACACAGAGCUUAUUCAGACUCGCCUAGCAGAAACAAUCAAAGAAAAGGAUAGGCAAAUUAAGGAGUGCAAGAACAACAUUAUUGAUCUCCAAAACGAGCUAACGGAAUUGCGUAAAAACCAAGAGUUUCUCAUUGCCGACGGAAAUAGCACACAGUCAAGACUGAAUGCACAGUUAAAGGGACUCUGUAGUCGAUACGCAGUGCUCCAGGCCCAGAGCGAGGCUGAUGCUGCAUCUCAAGAGGAAAAGCUAGCGCAGCUGAAUUCAGAACUCUCUCUGGCAAAGAAAGUACACGAACGGUACGUUACAGAUACAGAAGAGCGAAUAGUUAUGCUGAAUGAGCAAUUAGAACGCAACAAAAAGGAUUAUUUAGCAAGUGUUGAUGAAAAGGAUGCACAACUAAGAGAGUUAUAUACUGUGCUAGAGCAACAAAAGGCUCAGUUCAGCGAGUUGUUGGCAGAAAAGGAACACGAAUUAACACGACUAACAGAUGCAAACGAAGACAUGAAGCAGAAACGGAAGGAAGAACUGGCGCAAAUGUCUCAGCUGCAGUCUCAGCUCGAGCAAUCCCACGCAAAGUGCAAUGCCACUAGGACCACUGGGGAGAUGGAGCAAUUGAAGCUCCAGUCCGAGUUGGAAAUGGUCCGAGCCAAAUCAGAGAUAAUACAGAAGACUAACACUACAGAAGUUGAGCGCCUGCAAGCUGAACUUUUAUCUUCGAAGAGCAUGCUUGCCGAGGUGAGGACUGAUUUAGAGGCACAGCUAAAAACUAAGGAUGAGAUGAUAGAAAAACUUCAGGAAAAUAUAAGUGCUUUAAAGGUUGAACUGACUGAGACAACUAUGGACGCCACUAUAAAGAUACAGGAGCUCAAUGGACGGCUAGAGAUGCUGCAAGAAGUGCAGGUGACAGCAGACAACACAAGGAUUUCGGAUGUCGAUCAACUUAGGCGACAGCUUGAAGAGCAGCAAGAGCAUGCUAAGAAGGAGAUAGCACACUAUAGGCAACAAAUUUCUAAGCUGAUGGAGGACUUGGCAGAUGUCAACACACGAUACGCUAACUCUGUGGAGAAACGCGAAAGAGAAAUAAUUAGGCUCAAACAGGAAUCAAAAGACGAGGCUCUUGCAAACGCAGCCAAAAUAACUAAUCUUACUACUGAGCUUUUGGGUGCAAAGCGUCGAGUGGAGAAGGAACAAGCUACAGUAGCCGAACUUUCAAGCCGGCAGUUAGCGAAAAUUUCAGACUUACAGGAACAACAUGGAAAAGAACUAGCAGAGAAAGAUGGGCAAAUACAAAAGCUUCAGGCGACUCUAAAGAAGCUGAAGACAAAAUAUACUGAAAAUAUCACUGAGCUUAAGGCAACUGUCUCUGCUCUCAUGACACAGAAUGGUUAUAGUGAAAAUACGGUUGAUAGUGACGGUUCCCUUUCCGCAGCUAACCUCACGUCAUCUAUCACGGUUAGCUCGCUGAAUCCGGGGGCAGCCACGUAUGCCUAUCCGGCAAGCGCAUUUUCUGAGCCAUCCAUGACUCCAAAUGCUCCACAAGGACAGGAAAAAAUGAUGUUACAGUUACCACAAGCAGGAAGCUUUCAAGGAUUAAUGCUUACACCGCGCAUGAACAGCAUAGCUAAUGCAUCAGAGUGUACAGCAAGACAUGCUAUUUCUAUGACCCCAGGCUCAAUGGGGGCCAUGUGA